AUGAGGCUGGGGCUGGCCAUCCUGUUACACCUCAUGCUGAUAAGGCCCCAGCAUGCACAGCAUGACUGUGGGGCUGGGUCCUGCCACCCAGCCCUUGGGGACCUCCUCCAGGGCCGCAGCAAGCGACUGACAGCCUCGUCAACCUGUGGCAUGAGCAGCCCUCAGAAGUACUGCAUCAUAGGCUACCUGGAGGCUGAAGAGAAGUGCUUUCUCUGUGAUUCCAGAUACCCAUAUAAUCCCUAUACCCAGCACAACAGUCACAUGGUAGAAAAUGUUAUCACAGCCUUUGAGCCUGACAGGAAAAAGAAGUGGUGGCAGUCAGAAAAUGGCAUUGACCAUGUGAGCAUUAGAUUGGACCUAGAAACUUUAUUCCAAUUCAGCCAUCUUAUCCUGACAUUUAAGACAUUUCGGCCUGCAGCAAUGCUGGUUGAGCGCUCUACUGAUUUUGGUCAGACCUGGAAAGUGUUUAGAUAUUUUGCACAUGAUUGUGCAGCUUCUUUCCCCAACAUCUCUACUGGUCCAGCAAAAAGUGUUGGAGAUGUUGUUUGUGAUUCAAGAUAUUCAGACAUCGAGCCCUCCACUGAAGGCGAGGUUGUUUUAAAAGCCUUGGAUCCCAGCUUUGAAAUAGAAAAUCCAUAUGUGCCAUAUAUCCAAGAUCUCAUUACAUUGACAAACCUAAGGAUCAAUUUUACUAAACUCCACACCCUUGGAGAUGCUCUGCUUGGGAGGAGGAACAGUGAUCCCCUUGAGAAGUACUACUAUGCCAUCUAUGAGAUGGUUGUGAGGGGCAGCUGCUUUUGCAAUGGCCAUGCCAGCCAGUGUGAUUCCAUGCAGAACCUCCGGGGAGACGUUUUCCAUCAGUCCGGGAUGGUCCAUGGGAGAUGUAUCUGCCACCAUAACACUGAAGGUUUCUCUUGUGAAAGAUGUAAAGAUUUCUACCAUGAUGCUCCCUGGAGGCCAGCUGAAGGGACACAAGAUAAUGCUUGCAAACGUUGUAACUGCAACAGCCACUCCAGCAGGUGCCACUUUGACAUGGCUGUGUACCAGGCCAGCGGUGGGGUCAGCGGUGGCGUUUGUGAGGACUGCCAGGACAACACCACCGGCCAGCACUGCGACACCUGCAAACCUUCCUUCUACCAGGACCCACUCAAAGCCAUCUCAGACCCUCGGCCGUGCCUCCCAUGCAGCUGUGACCCCGCGGGGACCCUGCCCGGGGCCGUGUGCGAGAGCCGCACGGAGCCCGCGCUGGGCACGGUGGCGGGGCGCUGCCCCUGCAAGGACAACGUGGAGGGCGCUCGCUGCGACAAGUGCAAGGCAAACUACUACGGGCUGAGCAGCAGCGACCCCCUGGGCUGCCAGCCCUGCAACUGUGAUCCCUUGGGCACUUUGCCCUUCUCCGUCUGUGAUCCUGCCACGGGAGAGUGCCUCUGCCAGAGGUUCACCACAGGGCAGCGCUGUGAAAGAUGCCUUGCAGGAUACUGGGGUCUUGGCAACAGCUUGUAUGGCUGUUCUCCAUGUGACUGUGAUAUUGGUGGAUCACAGAAUAACUUGUGCUCGCUGCAGGACGGUCAGUGCGAGUGUCUGCCCAACAUCGUGAGCCGCCAGUGCAACGAGCCAGCUCCAGGAUUCUUCUUUCUGCCCCUGGACUAUUAUAUUUAUGAAGCUGAGCAUGCAAGGCCCCUUUCUGGCUCUGCACCCCUGGUUCAGCCAAGCACUCUUCCAAGGUGUGACAUUUACUUCCAGAAGAAAGGCUAUGAGUUCAUGAUUGAAAAUGGAAAGAUUGUGUUAAACAGGAACAAGAAACGAACAGUAAGGAAAUCUGGACUGGAACAGGGUGCGAUGCAGUUUGGACAGGACCCGGAUCUGGCCGUGGUGUUCCGGCCACCCAGCGCUGGCCGGGCUGUCACCUGGACAGGGCACGGCUUCGCCCGUGUCCCCAGCGGGGCUGGGCUCAGAUUUGCCAUCAGCAACGUUCCCUUUGCCAUGGACUUUGAUAUCACCGUUCGCUAUGAGCCUGAGAUGUGUGAGAAGGCAGCUAAUGAAGGAUAUCUCCAGAAAAACACUGUGCUAAGAAAAGAAACAGCUCCAAUGACUCUAACAGAGCUGUUUCCAUUUGAACCAGCUGAGAUCUUGGAAGACUGGCUUGCAAGAGUUGCCAUCCAGCCUGCUGGUAUCUUGUCAGAUCAACACUGCAAAAACAAGGUCUUUUCACAGGAGCCACAAGAGCUGCCUCUCCCAGCUUCAAAGAGGAUUGCAAUUCUGCAAACCCCAGUCUGCCUGGAGCCCAGAACAGAAUAUUUUGUGGAUGUGUAUUUUUCCCAGCCCUCUGCCUCUGACAAAAAGGCAAAAUCAUUCAUCUUGAUUGACUCACUUGGACUUAUUCCCAGAAUUGGAUCUGUGGAGAACUUCUGCAGUGAAAAGGAUUUAGAUGAGUACCAGAAGUAUCACUGCAUUGAGAUUGCAUCUGAAGUUGGGCCCCACGUCCUGCCCGAGGCGUGCGCGCGGCUCAUAGCGAGCCUGUCAGCCCGAAUCCACAACGGCGCCGUCGCAUGCAAGUGCAAUCCCCAAGGGUCGCUGAAUGCCAGCUGCAGUAAGCUGGGGGGGCAGUGUCAGUGCAAAGCCAACGUCGUGGGACGCUGCUGUGACACCUGCUCUGCAGGCAGCUACGGCUUCGGCUUCCAUGGCUGCUACGCGUGCGAGUGCCACCCGCAAGGCUCGCUGAGCGCGCUGUGUGACCAGGUGACGGGGCAGUGCUCCUGCCGCCGGGCCGUGGAUGGCCAGCGCUGCAGCCGCUGCCUGCCCGGCUACUUCGGCUUUCCCCACUGCCGCCCCUGCCCCUGCAAUGGCCACGCGGAGCUGUGCGACCCUCGGACCGGAGAGUGCCUCGAAUGCCGCGGCUUCACCGCCGGGAGCCACUGCGAGAGGUGCAUGGAUGGCUAUUAUGGAAACCCUCUGGAUGGAGAGCCCUGCCACCCAUGCAUGUGCCCAGGGCCACCUACAAGCAAUAGGUAUUUUGCACAUUCCUGUUACCAGGACUCCCAGUCUGCACAGCUUGUCUGUAAUUGUCUCGAGGGAUAUUCAGGCAAUCAGUGUGACAAGUGUCCUAGUGGGUUCUACAAUAAUCCCAGCAGCCCUGGGCUUGACUGUGCACCAUGUCCCUGCAAUAACAACAUUGAUUUGACAGACCCAGAGUCCUGUAACAGGGUCACUGGGGAAUGCACCAAGUGUUUACACAACACCCAUGGAGAAAACUGCCAGUUCUGCAAACCAGGUUAUUUUGGCUCAGCCCUCAAUCAAAGCUGUCAAAGCUGCAGGUGCAAUCUGGCAGGUGUUCAGCCUGCCAUGUGCCCGGGGGGGGACGCAGCCUGCCUGUGUGACCCAGCCACAGGAGCUUGUCCCUGCCUGCCCAAUGUGCUGGGUGCCACGUGUGACCAGUGUGCCUCUGGCUACUGGGGCCUGGCCAGUGGAAAAGGAUGUCAGACCUGUGACUGUGACCCAAAAAACUCCCAAAGCAACCAGUGCAACCAGCUUACAGGCCAGUGCCCAUGUAAGCCAGGUUACAGUGGAAGAUACUGUAAUGAAUGUGAGGAAAACUACUUUGGCAAUCCCCAGAUGCAUUGUGUUUCAUGUGAGUGUAACCUGGAGGGGACCCGCCAGCCCACGUGUGACAAAGCCACGGGCGCGUGUAACUGCCGGGCUGGUGUCACCGGCCGGCUCUGCGACCAGUGCGCCCGCGGCUUUGGCAAGGACUUUCCCUCCUGCCCUCAGUGCCAUCUUUGUUUUGAUCAGUGGGAUGCUGAAAUUGCUGCUCUUGCUCAGACUGUGCAGGGCUUAAUGAGGUUUGCAGCAAAGCUGGAAGAUAAAGGAGGACGAAUGCCCAGCUGUGACAUGCGCUUCAAAGCCUUUGAAGAUGCCAUUUCUGAAACUGAACGCAUUCUGAGACAUCCUGUCCUUUCACUGGAGGCCCUUUCAGGCAUCAGGGAUUUUCAGGGCUAUCUUCAACAAAAAGUUGCACAGAUGGAUCCCCUUCACAGUUCACCCUUUGACUUUCCUGACCUUAACAAGAGCAUAAAAGAUAUAGUAGAAGAAGCCAACCUAGUGUUUGAACUUCUACAACAAAAAAUACGUCUGCAUCAAAGUUUUCAGUACUUGAACUUCAAAGAGGCCAUCAGCAACAUUAGGAAACACUCUGAAGUGUCAUUGCUGGCAGAGCAGAGGACCAGGGGGACAACCCCUGCUGUAAGACACUCAGAGUACACCAGGAAGGACGCCCUCGCCAUGUUGGACCAUCAGGUCUUUAACGCAAGCAGUGUGCUGCAACAGCUCAGAAUGAUCAAAAGCCCUGACAUCCAAAACCUGAAUGAAAAGAUCUGUGGUGUUCCAGGAGACCAGCCAUGUGCCACAGCAGCCUGUGGAGGAGCUUUGUGCCAGGACAGUCGUGGACUGAGGCAGUGUGGUGGCCCAGACUGCAGUGGAGCUCUUCCUCUCUCCUCUGAGGCCUUCAGGAAAGCUGAGGAGACUGCUGUGAUGCUGAAUAACGUGACUGCUCAGCUACAGGAACCUGCGAAUCAGGUUAAAAGCAUUAGAAAAAUGGCAGAAGACAGCAAACUGAAAGGGUCACGAUUUAAUGGGCAACUGGAGACAGCUAUCAAUCAAAUUGAAGCUGAUGGAGAGAUCACUAAGGAGUUCAUCCAAAAAGUGAAAGUCUUCUUGUUAGAUGAGAGUGCCCCUCCAGAAGACAUCGAGAAGGUGGCAAAUUAUGUUCUGCAAAUAAACCUUCCCCUGACUCCACAAGAGCUCACAGGCAUGCUUGGCAAACUCCAAAGCAUGAUGAACCACUGUGAGAAGUACAAACUGAAUAACAAGAGAAACAUAAAAAGGGAGGAUGCUCAGACACUGCUGGUGGAGGCACAAGAAGCUGACAAAGCAGCUAAAGCUCUUCUGUCAGUGGAUGAAAUUAAUAAUAAACUAAAAAAUGUUGUGAAGUCCCAAGGGCACUCCAAAAGCGCCAUCAUAAAGUCAAAUGAAGAGAUACAAAGCAUCAGAACACAAAUCUCUCAGGCUGAGAACCAAGUGAACAAGACAAACAAUAAACUAAAUGACUUGUCAGCCAAACAGGCUGAGAUGGAAGAUGAAAGUGCCACAUGGCAGGCAAAAAUGCUGAUGAACAAGAACCAAGCUACAAAGGCAAGAGCAGAGGCAGAAGCAGCUCACAAGCAAGCCCAGAAAAUGGAUAAUGAAUUUACUGAUGUUAAAAGAAAGUACACCAUUCUUCAAGAAAAGCUAAAAACCCAAGGACCUCCAAAGGUAACACUAGAAAAAGUGAAGCAGUUGAAAGAAGAAGCAGAAAAACUGGCUGAAGAGACUGAAAAGAAGAUAAAAAGAAUAACAGAUUUGGAGAAGAAGCUUCAGGAACUGAAUCAAACCAAACAAGACAAAGCAGAGCAACUGAGACAACUAGAGGAACAAGUGAUAGCCAUUAAAAAUGAAAUCACGGAGCAGGAAAGCAAGUAUGCAACAUGCAAGAGUUAGGGUCUGAACAGACCAUCAGGUAAAAUGAAGCUGAAAUCACCAUGAUUACCACGUCCUGAGCAUCCUGGCACAGGCCACUGUCCUCUGGAAAUGCAUCUGAAGUGGCCUAGUGAAUAAUGUAAUUUUACCUCUUUUUCUUUUUUUUUCUUUUGUCCAGUUGAGUUUAUAUGGAAAUAGGAAAUACCUUGUAAU